AUGUCAAUCCACGCUGACGUUGCCGACGAAGGCAUCAUUAUGGUGGAGAAGAAUGAGUUGCAUACCAAGUAUGCUACUCCCCGGAGACUUUCUCAGGUCCUCAAGGACCUUCUCGGAGAUAGUGCCGAGUUCCAAGUGGAGAUGCGCCACAAUGUCUACAACAUCAAGUCCUCCAAACCCCUCGACGUAGUACGUCCCGCCCUCUCCAAGCAAUAA